AUGAACGUUUAAUCAACUCACUAAUCUACUUUACAGGACUUCUAAAUUAUUCAAGAAUUGGGAUCUGGUUCAUUUAGCAACGUUUAUAGAGUCAAAAGGAUUGCAGAUGGAUAAGAAUAUGCUUUAAAAAAAGUUAAAAUAGCUAACCUGAAACCUAAGGAAAAAUAGAAUGCUCUAAAUGAAGUGAGAUUUUUAUAUUCUAUUAAUCACAAACAUAUUGUUGCAUACAAGGAAGCCUUUAUUGAUGAACCGUCUUAAUGCCUUUGCAUAGUUAUGGAACUACUGUCAGGCGGAGAUGUCUAUAAAAAGAUUUCUUAAGCCAGAGGUUCCACUCCCUUUACAGAAAUAGACAUCUGGAGAGCACUGAUUCACAUUACUUUAGGAUUGAAGGCUCUUCACGAUUAAAAGGUAGUACAUAGAGAUCUAAAGUCUGCUAACGUUUUUUUAUCAAGUGAUGGAACUUUCAAACUUGGAGAUUUAAAUGUUUCCAAAGUUGCCAAAGCAGGCUUUGUAUAUACAUAAACAGGUACUCCAUAUUAUGCCAGUCCAGAAGUAUGGAGAGAUUAACCAUACGAUAUGAAAAGUGAUAUCUGGUCACUUGGAUGUGUAAUAUAUGAAAUGUGUAGUUUGCAGACUCCAUUCAGAGCAAAAGAUAUGGAUUUGUUAUUUCAAAAGGUCUAGAGAGGAACUUAUGAUUAAAUACAAAGUCAUUUUUCAAAAGAUCUAUCUCAAAUGAUCUCGAGCUUAUUGCAAAUAUAGCCUCAUCUAAGACCAACUUGUGAUUAGAUACUUGCUAAUCCUAUUGUUUAAAAACAUAUGAAGAAUUUAGAAACUAACAUAGAAACAAAACCAAUUAAUAAAACUCUUAUGGAAACUAUUCAAUUUCCAAAUAAUUUUAAAUAAUUGAAAAAUAAAUUGCCAAAGUCAAAUUACGAUGAAGUUAAUCCAAAUGUUAGUGCUGAUAGAGUUUAAGACAACAAAUCUACUGAUAAAUCUACAAGUCCAUUUCGAUACCCUCAACAAUAAUACCUACCUAUUACCGAAUCAGGAAUCAGCCAAAGUUAAAGUUAAAGCCAAGUCAAUGUAAUAUAAGCACAACAAUCUUCUCCUUAGUAAAUUAAAAAUAAUUCUAUUUUGGAUAAAAAUUCAAUUGGCGUUCAGCAACCUCAACCUCAAAUUCGCUAAUAAUCUUACAAUAAUAAAACUGAAAAGCCUCAGUCUGCCUAACUUAAUUCAAGAUAAAAUCCUUAUGAAAGAGCACAUGAAUUGAAAGAACAAAAAGAAAGGGAAAUCAGAUAAUAAAGAGAAAAAGACUAAUUAUUAAGAGAAAAACGAGAGAGAGAUGCUAGAGAGGCUAAAUUAGCCAAAGAAGCUAAGGAGAAAUAAAUCCAAGAAGCUAAAGAGAGAUAAAUCCAAGAAGCUAAAGAGAGAUAACUUCAGGAAGCCAAACUUCGAGAGAGUAGAGAAUAAUAAAGGCUUUUAAUGGAGAAGCAACAAAGAGAAUAACAAGAAUAACAGUAAUUUAGAAGAGUUUCUCCAAUCUCAGCUUAACCUCGAGACUAUUAGAAUGCUAACUAUAUGAACUAACAAUAACCAAGAAGUCAACAUUCCUAUUCUCCUAUCACUAGACAAGCGGAAUAAUAAUAGGGUUAUAAUGGCUAAAGAGUCAAUUAUGGUAACUAAUUGCAACAGAGACCAAUAAAUAGCCAGUCAAUCAACGUGAGUCAAAACUAUCCUAGUCAAUAUAGCAGACCCUAUAAUUAGGAAAUACCUCAGCAUAGAAUAUCAUAAACUCCUUAAUCUGCUGCUCCUAGACAAUAAUACAGUCCUUUUCAAAAGCCAGUUACAGAAAGGUACCCUGCUCAUCCACAAUCUGCUUUACCAUCAUCUAAUAUUAGAGAAUCUUAGAAAUCUGAAAGGCCUUAAGUGUUUCCAUCCUCAGCCAAAGUUGUUAAAUAAAGAUAAUCUGAUACUAAUUUGAAAAAAGAAUUUUCAUCACCCGCCUAAUAAUAGGCAAUUAGGCCUGCUGGAAAAGCUUCAAGGCAAUAAUCCAAUAAUAUUUUUUAACAAAUAGACAGGAUUAAGUCUGAUCCUAAACCAUAGAAUAACUUUAUUGCUGGCAAUUAUAAUCAUUUCUAUCCAAUUGAUAAUUAUCAGAGACAUGCAUCAGAUUAGAAUUUAAUAAAAUAUUAACUUCGAUAAUAAGAUAGACAAGUAUUACUACGUCCACAGAUUAAUAACAGAAAAUAUUGAGUUUGAACUAUAUUACUCAAGUUAAAAAAUUAUCAUUUUUACAUUUAU